UGGUGUGUGUGAUUUGGGUAUGCAUACCCCUGAUAUCUCAUUGGCAUAUCAGGAGUCAAAAUAAAUCAAUAUUUUCACUGAUUCUUAAAAACUCAGGAUAUGAUCAAAGAUGCUCCUGAUAUGCUGCAUGUCAUAAAAAAUAUCCGGUCAGUAUAUCCCCUGAUUCAGAGCCUUUUCACCCAGUGUAUCUCUCUCUAGAAAUGUCUCAUGUCAGUGAGGGAUCUCUACAAGUGUGUUUGUGUUUUAUGUCUCUAGUCUCCAGGUGCUGAUGGUGUGAUCAAGGCAGAGCUCUAGCCGAGAGGGGUGGACCUCAUUUUACAUAGUGCUACAGUAUAUAAACUACACACUUACCUUCGAGAGUAAUAACAAAAAACUCAUCUGUAUCUUUACAAUGGGCUGACUAAAAAUUUUCCACGCUAUGAUGGAGACGUGUAUUUUGGUCUGCCUAAUCUGGCUCUUUAUCCAGUGCCAAGGCAACACUUAUUUUCACUAUCUGACUGAUGAGAACGCCUUAACUCUGUCUUGUGACACAUGCAAAUGGCAAGUGGACACUGACUUUGACCAAUCGGUGGACUGCAACCUGUCCAACAGUUCAGACGCCUGUGAACAAGGGUGCUACUCCAUGGGGGAAGAGCUCUGCAAACAGAUAGAGGAGCAUAAAUCGGAUCACUGCCAACUUACUGUCAGAAAGGGGUUCUUUGCCUGUGUCAGUGCCUUUGACACAAGAACGAUAGUUCCAUUUGAAACCCCUCCUCACCAUGUAGACUCUUUCCUUGUUGUGCCAGAGAUGUUCUCAAAACAAAUGACUAACAUCACUGUACGAGUGUCAGAAGGAGAGUCAGUCACUCUGACAUGUGAUGUCAUGGAAACAAAUCUGUUCUUAUUUGAGCGACACACUCUGCUUUGGAUCCGAUCCAGCGUGGACAAGAGCAGCUCUUGUGCUUCCUCCACCCAGCUGCAGAGGCCUGGAACUCAUAACCUGACUAUCGCCAGUGCUUCUCAGGCUGACAGUGGGCAGUAUCUGUGUGCCGUGCAAACAGAAAAGAUCCGUGUGUGGAGAAUAAUAUCCAACAUCACAGUCACUGUAGACAAAUCAGCUGAAGUGGAUACAUAUCUCUUCCACGUGUGUGUUGUCGGGGCCCUGAUAGUGAUGGGUGUCACUGCUAUUGUGGUGGUUGAGUUUCGGAGAAAGAUGACCUCUGAAUUGGAAGUAACCAGAAGUUGAUGGUCAGAGAGAGGAGGAGCAUCGACUGAAACAGGGGUGGAGACAGUUAGGAUGUGCGGCUUACCACAUCCCAUCAGCAUGGUGACAUGACAACAUCUGCAAAAAGAAAAGAAGCCUGAGGAAGACCCAGACGGGUUGAAACGUCGCUGGUUUUAAUAAAAAAUGUGUGAGCUGAA